AAUUCACAUGUUAUCAUGAAUAUUCAUAAGGUGUGCGGGAAAUGUUCAAUUCACUGGCAAUCCCACUCAGAGAUUGCACCACUGUACAGGAUAGACGCCUGCAAGGCUAAAUUAGUCAAACGAUAAGGACAAAACGCUUAUAUCCAGUGAUCAGCCAUUUGUUAUGUAAUCUACACCACAAAUAUGGACGACAAAUACCACCGAGCCGCAAAAGAUGGCUUCCUGGACAUCCUUCGAAAUGCCACAAAGAAGGAUCUUAAUUCAUCGGAUGAAGAUGGGAUGACGCCUACUUUGUACGCGGCAGCCUUUGGGAAUCUGGACGCGCUGAGAAUGAUCGUAGGCAGAAGUGGUGAUCCGGACAAAUGUGACCUGCAAGGGUUUACCGCCCUCCAUCAUGCAGCAAAAAACGGCCACUUAAACACCGUAUCAUUUCUAGUUAAUUUCGGCUGUAAUAUCUGGGCACUUGACAAUGAACUUCACUCCGCGAUGGAUAUCGCCGUGAUAGAAGACAAAGUGGAUAUAAUAGCAUUUCUUGAUGAUUCACAAUCAAAGCAACAGCAGAAAAACCCCAAGGUCGUUCAACAUAUGCGUGAAAAGGCAACAAAAGAUGCAGAACAAAAUAUAAAACGAAUGGAAAGAAGACAAAAGGAGGCAGCCAAAUACGCCGAGAAAGAACAACGUAGAAUUCAGGAAGAGCUCAAUCCUGACUUUAAACCGCCGAGCAAAAACCCAUUCAAAACCCUGACAAUGAGGCUAAAGCCAAAAAGAAAAGAUCCGACCAUUGCAAAUGGAAAUACCACUUUCUCACAGAUUGCACAGCCUAGUAGGCGGGGAUUAGGUGGUGCACAAAAGCGAAUCUUGCAAAAUCAAAGUAGCCAGAGCAGUGGGACAAUUGGUGAUUUUAAAACCAGUGAAAAUAUUGACGGUAAACGAACUCUGCGCUCCUUAGCAGGGACAACGGGUGUGCGAAAAGGUUCUGACAUCAUGUACGUGACGAACCGUGAAAAUGAUCCUGCUGCCAGAAAGCCGUUGUCUAAUGUGUUUCCAGGAAUGAAUGGUGUGUCAAACAGCUCGAAAUGGAAAAGUGAGUCCGAAUUGCUAGAUUCUGGAGUAGACAGCAAUGACUCGAUUGGGUACGAAGACGAAGAAGAAAAACCAGGCAUAUUCUCUCGACCAAAUUUUGGGAAAAUCGCUUUCUUAUCAAAUAGGGGAGUUACUGGAACUUUAAAUGCAAUGGGUCGAUCUGUUUCCGCAGACUUUUUAGAUAGUCAGGAUCAGGGUUUUGAUGACGAGUUGAACGGAUUAAAAUCAAAUCGUGACAGCGGAAGUUCAGAAAGUCUCGGGAAAAAUGACGUCACGGAAGCGGGUCCAAAUGUGCCAUGGAACCCGGAUGAAGUGUGUUCUGAUGAUGAAGAAGAGGAUACACAAUUUUCAGAUUUAAUCCGUUUCCUGGCUUCGUGUGAGUUAAGCCAUUACACUUAUUUAUUCACAGAUCAAGAUGUGGACUUGCAAUCUUUAAUGACACUGGCUGAAGAAGACCUUGAGGAGCUUGGAUUGAAACUUGGACCGAGGCGGAAGCUGCAGAGAGCAAUCAAAAUCAGAAAGGAACGUCUGUCCACGCCAUCAGCAAUAACGGAUUCCUACCUGUGAAAUUCACAGAUAUCGUUCUGUGCAUAUAGGAAUACCAACCUGUGAAUAAUUUAUUGGAUUAUAAUGGACUGCUUUCAAUGUGAUAAACAUAAUCUUAAGAAAAUGUUUCAUGCAUUUAUGAUUCAAAUGUAGUUCUAUAAGCGGAUUGUCAACUUGUUUGGUUUUUGUUUCCUCCUGCAUUUAUAGGGAUUCCUCAGUCCGAAUCAUGUCUGCAUCAUUGUGUUUGUCAUUCAUCCAGUAAAGAGUAGUUUUAAUGAAUGCGCUCAUUGGAUUGUAUUCAACAUGUUUUACUCUUCAUUCUUAAUCAGAUGUGGAAAACACGUCAGAAAUAAAAUUGUUUCUGAAAAUA